AUGUCGGGUCUUGGUACUUGGCGGAUGACUGGUUUUUAUGGCUUUCUGGAGCGUGGCCGUAGAUAUGCAUCGUGGGAACUGUUGAGAUCUUUGGCUGACAAGUCUCCGCUCCCUUGGGUUGUUAUGGGAGACUUUAACGACCUCCUAUUUCAACACGAGAAGCGUGGGGGUAAUCCGCAUCCCCACAAUCUCCUACGCGGUUUUGGGGAGGUUGUAGAUGAGUGUGGUUUGUUUCAGCUUCCCAUGCAAGGCUAUCAGUUCACUUGGGAAAGGGGCAAAGGUACGCAGGAGUGGAUGGAGGAGAGGCUUGAUAAAGUUCUUGCUAGAUCGGAUUGGAGCUCCGCCCUACCUGGUGCACGGGUAACCAAUCUCUUCACUCGUACUUCUGAUCACUCGGCUCUCUUCUUGGGGGUCAGAGAGUAUGAGCAGGUUCUUGGUGUUCACAGGAGCUUCAGGUUUGAGAUGGCUUUGGUUCGUGAUGAGGGCUGUAGGAAGUUGCAGUACAAGGGCUUGGUUGAUCCUGUGUCACUCGCGAAUUUUCAGCGUAUUGAGGCUGAGUUAUGCCACCUGGCGGCACAGGAAGACACCUUUUGGAGACAGCGAGCAAAGCAACAUUGGCUGUGCGGGGCAGAUGCCAAUACUAAAUAUUUCCACAGGUACGCUUCUGCUAGGAAAAAGAAAAAUACUCUUACUCGUUUAAAGAAUGGGGAUGGUGUGUGGGUGGAGGAUGUUGCUUUGAAUUCUGUUGUGCUUGAAUACUUUCGUGAUAUAUUUGCAUCAAAUACUGCUACCUCUUGUGUGGAUUCCUUUUUUGAGUCUGUUACUCCCCGUGUCACACAAGCCCACAAUGUUUCCUUACUAUUUCCUUUCAAGGAAGAAGAGGUCAAAGCUGCUCUGUUUUCUAUGUUUCCGGAUAAAGCCCCAGGACCUGAUGGCAUGAACCCGGGGUUUUACCAACAGUAUUGGGAUGUAGUCGGUAAUGAUGUCACUGCUUUUGUGCUGAAAUUCCUGAAUGGAUGUUCUCUCCCUUUUGGCCUUAAUGACACCAAUGUUGUGCUUAUUCCGAAGAAGAACUGCCCGGAGAUGGUGUCUGAUCUUCGCCCCAUUGCUCUCUGCAAUGUAGUUUACAAGAUAAUGGCCAAGAUGAUUGCAAACAGAAUGAAACCGUUACUAGGAGAGGUAAUUUCUGAUUCACAGAGCGCUUUCAUUCCUAAUAGAUUAAUUACUGAUAAUAUUAUGAUUGCGGCGGAGGUGGGCCACCUCCUCAAUAGGAAACAUGGUGGUAUGGUAGGUUGGGGUGCUCUCAAGCUGGACAUGGCUAAGGCAUAUGACCGGAUGGAGUGGUCGUUUCUCCGCCGGAUGCUUUUGGCUGUGGGUUUUGCGGAAGUUUGGAGGGACUCUCGUUACUGCUCCAACAGGCAGAGGCAAGGGGCUCUUUUCAUGGUUGCCGGGUGGCUAGAGGAGGCAGGUGUUAUUAAGCAGUGCCUUGUUGAUUAUGAAAACAUGUCGGGCCAGGCAGUGAACUUUCACAAGUCUAGUGUGUGUUUCAGCAGGAACACAACUCCGGCAACGAGAGUAGAAGUUGCUUUAGCCCUUGGUGUUGUUCAGGCACCUAAUUUUGGAAAAUACUUGGGCCUGCCUUCCUUUAUUGGGAGGGAAAAAAGGGCAGUAUUCUCAUAUAUUGAGGAUAAAAUCAAGCACAAGAUUGGUUCGUGGAAUAAGCGGCUUCUAUCGCAAGCAGGAAAAGAGGUUCUAUUGAAAAGUGUAGCUCAAUCCAUGCCUACAUUCUCUAUGAGUGUAUUUCUACUUCCUGAGUCAGUUUGUUUAUCCAUUGAGAGGACCAUGAACAGGUAUUGGUGGGGGCCCGGGAAUGAUAGAGGCAUACAUUGGAAAGCCUGGGAUCGAUUAUGUAUCCCUAAAAAGUAUGGUGGUUUGCGGUUUAAAGAUCUGAGAGCUUUCAACCUGCUAUGUUAG